GAUGAAAUAGAUGUGAAUUAGAAAUGAAUUGAUGAUAUCAGACGGAUCAAAACAAAAGACAAUAGUAUCAACGAAUCAAUCCCAAAACCAUCCCGGGAGCAGGAUAAAGCCAGGAAGCAGAAGAGUAGUAAUUCUCAACCUUUCUGGAAGCCAUGAAUCCCCUCUGCACCCGCUUUCAACAUGCAACGCUUCCUCCGUUCUCCGUCCGCUCACCCCAUCCCAAAUCGCCUCUAUUCGGUCGCCGCAUCCGACCUUCUGUUCUUUUUCCCUACCUCUCCUCUCUCCCCUUCUCCGACGUCGCCCCCCGUCUCAUCGCCACCCGUUCCGCCCGCGUUCCAUCGCCCAACGCCGACAUUGAGAUGGUCCGCGGUCGCGACGGCUCUUGGUCUGCCCGUGAGCAAAACGUCGUCGUCCUCUGGGAUCUCGACAACAAGCCUCCUCGCGGACAACCCUACGACGCCGCAGUAGCACUCCGGCGGGUCGCCGAGCUCUUUGGCCGCGUGGUUGAGAUUUCUGCUUACGCCAACCGCCACGCUUUCCUUCAUCUUCCACAGUGGGUCCUCGAGAACCGCCGCGAGCGCCGACUCCUCGAUGGUCUGGAGCGCAAGGGCCUCGUCGUCCCCAGUCAGCCCUAUAUCUGUGGGGUCUGCGGUCGUAAGUGCCGCACGAACCCCGAGCUUAAGCGACAUUUUAUCCAGCUUCAUGAGCGCGAGCGCCAGAAGAAGCUCUCCCGGAUGCGAUCGCUCAAAGGAAAGAAACGGGAAAACUACAAAAAGCGGUUUAUAUCCGGGAAUCACAAGUACACGGAGGCCGCGCGCGAGCUCCUGAUCCCGAACAAGGGGUACGGGCUUGCUUCAGAGCUUCGACGAGCUGGGGUGUUUGUGAAGACGGUGGAGGACAAACCCCAGGCGGCAGAUUCGGCCGUCAAGCGUCAAAUGCAACACUCUAUGUCGCGAGGAAUCGAUUGCCUCUUUCUUGUAUCUGAUGAUUCAGACUUCUCGGAGAUGAUUAGGAAGUCAAGGGAGGCGAACUUGCGGACUGUAGUGAUUGGAGAUGCUCGGAGGGCGCUGGGCCGCCUUGCCGAUUUCUGGGUUCCGUGGAUGCGGGUUGAGAGGGAAGAAGUCGGGGAGGAGGUGUUGUUAUCUGCUAGGAAUACUGGAUUUCGUAUAGGGGAAGAAGACGAAGAUGAGGAACAGGGAUUAUUUUACUCGUCAGCUAUUUUCUAUGAUAACGAUGAUGACGAUGGAAAAGGUGAUGAAGCUGAUGGUGAUCUCGAUCAGUUGGUUGAUGAGGUUGUUGGGGAAUGCUCUGGAUUUAAUGCGGUCAAAGUUUCGGCUUUUUCAGAGGAAGAAUUGUCGGAUGGGAAGAAUAUGAGACCGGAGACCUGGAACAGCAUUUCCGAAAUGCUUGGAGCAACUGUAGCUGGUAGAAGCUUGAGUUGGAACAUUGACGAUGAGGAUGAGGAUGAUUAUUAUAUUUGAUUGCUGCUACGGUGAAGGAUUUUCCAGACAUUUUAAGGACAUAACCACAAUAGCACUAGCAACUACAGAAUUUCCAAAGAAAACAACCUUUGUUGCUCAAGCUACAGAUUUCCUUACCCACAAAGAUCUAAUAAAUCAAGAAGGAAUUCUCCAAAUUUCACAAUUUCUUAUGUAAAGAGAUUUAGCUCUCAAAGCUUUACUUUAUCAAUCCAUAUGAAUGAUGAUCAUGAUGAUGCUGAUGACUUCAAUGAUAAGAAGAUUCUGAGAAGGAAAGUCUCUACUGGGUACAGAUUUCAAAGUGAUAUUAAAGUUGAUGAAUUCGAUAGAUUUGAUUCAGACAGUAGAAUAGAAUUUGCAAAGGAAGCAAAACAUAGAGUAAAAAAUCAUGGUCCACCAGCAAGGCUGCCUCUAAGUCCUCAAAGCUCAGGUUGGCAAGAAGAUAAAGCAACAACAAACAAUUGGUCGGCUAAUUUGGUUCCUCACAUCCAUCAAAAGAUAAACAUGAUUUUUACAUCU